CGCAACCGAUCGAACAAGCACUAACCAGCAAAGAAAACACCCGCCAUCCUCGAUACCCGCGAUAGAGCAAAUCAAUACCAGUCUUCUUUACCAGAGAACAAGUCAAUCAAGAUGUCGUGGGCGGGAUUCAAGAAGAAUGUGAACCGCGCGACGACGCAGGUGAUGAUGAAGACGGGGCAUGUGGAAAAGACAAACGAUCGCGAUUACGAGGUCGAAGAGAGGCGGUUCAGAACGAUGGAGACAGCUUCGCUACGGCUGCAGAAGGAAUCAAAGGGCUACCUUGACUCUCUGAGAGCCAUGACAGCUUCACAGAUGAGAAUCGCCGAGACGAUAGAUGCGUUUUACGGUGACUCGGGCGCCAAGGAUGGCGUUAGCAGAAGCUACAAGCAGGCCGUUGAAGACCUCGACGCCGAAACCAUCAAAGCCCUCGACGGCCCCUACCGAAUGACGGUGCUCGACCCAAUUGCCCGAUUCUGCGCCUACUUCCCCGACGUCAACGAAUGUAUCAAGAAGCGCUCCCACAAACUUCUCGACUACGAUGCUCUCCGCGCCAAGGUGAAGAAGCUGGUCGAGAAGCCCGAUAAGGAUGCCACAAAGCUGCCACGGACGGAGAAGGAGUUGGAAAUGUCCAAGGCUGUGUACGAGCAGCUGAACGAGCAGCUCACCACCGAGUUGCCGCAGCUGAUUGACUUGCGUGUCCCCUACCUGGAUCCCAGCUUUGAGGCUCUGGUCAAGAUUCAGCUGCGAUUCUGCGCAGAAGCCUACUCGCGCAUGGCACAGGUGCAGCAAUACCUGGAUGCAGAUACUCGAGAUUUGUACGCAGAAGGUCACCUGGAUGCAAGAGUGGAGCAAGUGCUGCAGGAGAUUCGGGAGCUGAGUAUCAGCGGAACGGUGUAAGUGGGUAUGUACCAAUAUGUUUUAAAACAAGGAUCAGAGAAGAGGCGACUAGGAAGCGAGGAGUUGCAAAUUACAAAGCUAUCGGCGUAUGGGUUGUUUGUUUAAUGUAUCUAGAUAUUGGUUGCUCAGGACGAGUCUAUGGAUAGACUGGCACUUGCGCUCCGGAAGUGUGCCUGUGGUAUGGCAAUAUGUUCCGGGUAAUGAGAUUAUAAUUCCUUUCCCAACAUGUACAACGCAGGGACUUGGGCAGAAUUGUUCUGACGACAUCUUUGAGCUGCAGUCCCUUCGAAUCAAAUGAGCCUUGUAGUCAGGUCCUGCCAAUCUCCCUUCUUCGCAGCGAAUUCGAUAUUCGGACGCUAUUCAACCCCCCUCACCAUUGUAACGACCAAGUUUGUGUCAAGUUGAAGCUGUAGCACCGUACAAUCGCUUCAUUCAGCUUCCCGUAACCUCCUUCUGUCUUCCAAACAGCUCGUUCAGCGUCAGCGGCCGUCCUAUUGCCUGCAUCGCUGGCCCAGCUUCUGGGCCCUCGUUUGACACCGUCCCAGCAGCUCGCGCAAUCUUCCAGCUCUCCUCAAUGAUGGCUCCAUUGGUUGCCCUUGUACCCUCUUCAUCGUUGUGGAUCCAUACACCAAGCACCUUCUCGUCUGCUUCCCAGUCGCCUUCAACUUUGAGAAUGACGAGCUCACCCAUGAGCUCCACAUGACCGACUCUCGCCAGAUCGACAACCACAUUAUCCAGACCACGGCGGCUCAGCACAAAGACGCAUGCUCGAGGCCGAUGGUGGGCGUCUUCGGGGAGCGGCGUCUGCGCACAGACAAACAUGGUGCCUUCUAUGCCGGACUUUUCCCAGCUCUGGGCGGUGCUGUCGAAGGUGUAGACGACGGCGUUGGCGGCGAUGCUGAGGAUCCUGCUGAUGGAUGGCAGGUAGCGCUGCAGGACGGAGAGGUUGAGCUCGGUGUUUGUUCGCGGCGGCGGGGGCUCGUAGGCGGAGGUCAUGACUGCGGCAUCGGAUUCGUAGUCGGAGAUGGCGGGGAUGCGGUUUGAAGGAUGGCGGUUGUGCCGCGACUUUCGGGGCGUUGCGCGGCUCAUGGCUGAGGCGUUUUGGGGGGAGUUAGAAGAGGUUUGCUAUCUAUGCAGUGACAAGCUGUAGCUGUAGCAGUAGCAGCUGCAAUAACAACACACGAGGCCUCGAUCAAGGGUAGAGGGAGAGGAUGAAGAUGUAGCGUCGUAUGAUGGAGUUGAGGCUGUGCUGGGGAAAGGAUGAGGCGAGAAGAAGGUUCCG